AUGGAAGAACCAACACUGAAAGCUGCCAGCAAAUAUGUACUCAAACAUGCGAAAACCAAGGAAGAGAUGGAUCAAAUAAUGGAUGUGAUAUGGGCGGCGAACUACUCCCCAUACGACCCUUUCGCCCAACUCUUCUUUCCAGUCCUCGGUUUCAGGCCCCUCGACCGCGAAACGUCGGUCGCUGAGUCGAAAGCCCGUUUCUGGAGUCAACACAUGGCGGAUCCGUCGAGCAAUUGGUUCUACGUUGUUGGCGGUGACACUGGGAACGUUGUUGGCUGCGCGCAAUGGCAGAUAUUUACCUCAAAUCCAUUUCCUGAUGGAGUGCCGCCAUUGACUGCGCCGUGGUGGCCAAAGGGCGAGCACCGGGACUUCUGCGAGUUGAUUCUGAAUCAAGUGUAUAAGCCAAGAGCGAACUGGAUGCGGAGGCCCCACCUCGCGCUUAACUGGAUGGCCGUCCACCCCGCCCACCGCCGUCUCGGAAUUGGCUCCCUUCUCAUGGCUGCCGGUACCACUCGCGCCGACUCACUAAACCUCGAAUGCUGGAUGGAAGCAUCCUCUAUGGGAAAACCUCUCUACGAAAACGUCGGCUUCCGAUCACUGUUCAAGAUCGCUUUCGACACCGACAGGAAAGACGCGAGUAAUGUGUGGCGGAAAUGCGAGCGGGAAAUGACCCCCCCGCCGUUCUUCGCUAUGUGGAGGCCGAAGGGUGGGAUGUGGGAUAUUUAUGCCGCGGAUGGUGAGAGAAGAGGGGUGAAGAUGCCAUGGGAAUUGGGAGUGGAGCAGGGAGGGAGAGAAGAGAGGGUGGCAGAGGCUUACCCCGGGCACGCGUAG